GCUUUCCUCAAGAACUCCGAUCUCCUACACCAGUAGACUAAUACUACGUAAGCCACUCCUCCUACCUAGUAGACCACUCCUACAGCCGUUUUUAAGUACCAAAACUUUGUAUACCCAUGGUUUUAUUUCCACCGACAAAAAGAACACUAAACCAAUAGACAACUCUCUAGUCUGUUUAUCUACUGCAGUAGACCAUACAGACCACAGCACUUAUUUCUAGUUCUACCACAACUAGUACCUUUAUUUCUACCACAACAAAAUACUAAGUAUAAGUACCAACGACAAAAAGAAAACUAAAACCGAUUUUACUUUACUCACGACCAAGAACCGGUGGUCGUUACCCAAAUCGAAGCACUAGGCUGUUACUUUGAAUCAAAGACUGCUUGUUCAAGCACGACAACAGGACGAGGGAAGAUGCCGUUUUCAUCGUCUUCUUCUGCAGCUGUGCGGCUGGUGGCGGCGUUGUUGUCCGCGUCGUCGUCCGCGCUGAUCACGGGCACGAGUGGGAAGUUGUUGGCUAGUAUGGAUUGCAGAAAUGUCUGGGUCCUCUGGAAGAUUGCAACUUGUCAUUCUAGAAGAUCCGAAGAAUGCGAGAAUCUGUGUUGCAUCAGGGCCAAAAGCAGCUGUCCACUUUCGUCGAUCAAGUUGGGAGGGAGUUUCUCAUGUAGGAUAGGCAUAGCAGAGACCUCACAGUAGACUCUGUCAUCGACUAGGUCCCGCAUUCCAGACCUCAUGGGUCAUGGAAAACCUGCAUGACAAGUUCAAACACUCUUCCAGACCCAGACAUCUUUACAGUUGAUAGCUACUACUUCAGGUGGUGGACGGAUCCCCGAACGCACAGACCGCGAUCGGAGACGGCCCACCGAAGCCGGACACGCAGCAGCCAAAAUAUCAAGUGUAAAAAUGUCUGGGUCUGGAAGACUGCAAGUUUGUCAUGCUUGUCUGGCAUGACUCUUAAAUCUGUCAUGCACAUUGCCAAAGAGCCCCACUCUUCUGUCAUGCAGAAACGUAGUUUGUCAUGCAGAAUAGGCAACACCUAGAAGCUCAGAAACUUGUCAUGCUGAGCCAGCAAUUGUGGCCUCCUCAUGAUACGCCACACAGCAUCACAAGUUUCCAGACCCAGACAUUUUUACAUUUGAUACAAAAAAGCAGCAGCCGAAACCCUUAAUAACAUGCUUCGUGAUGAUCCCCACGGCGGAGCGAACACGUGGGUCUGGGAAGCCUACACUGCCACGAGCCUCGGUUUAGCGGAGACGAACGGCAAUAUGAAGAAUGGCGUCUUUAUCGUUUUGGCGCCAAGCGAGGCGUACCGCCCGCCACCGGCGCCAGCGGACACGACGCGUGGAUUCAGGCUGUACGUCACGGCAGACACGACACGGCGAAGUGGAGGUCCCUUCGAGAUUGAGCUGCACUACAAAGGGCUUGAUCUUUUGCCAGGCCCCUUCAGCCCCGGGACGCCGCUGACGAGAAGGUCUACUGGUGAGCAUCUAAAGGGUAAGCUAAACUCUUUUCAGAAACGGUUCCUGGAGGCGGUAGUGUCGAACCGCGCGUCCGGCACAAAGGCGCCGUUUUCUUAUCGAAGCCAAGGCACCGCGGUGUACAGCCAUCGGGACCAGUACGGAAGGCUCGCAAGCGCAUCUCAGAUCGCGAUGAAUCGACCGGAAAAGCCGUACCGCACGAAGGCGACUCUGUUGGCGUUCGUGCACGACUUCGCUAAGUUGGGGGCGCUGGGGGAAGAAAGAGCAGACGACCGUUUACUCCUUCCGGCGGUGCUGCGACUCUGCCAGAAGAGCUACGCGAAGGUACCGCUUCUGGAUGAGCACCGCCCCGUGCCAAAUGAGCAGCAACUGCAAGAGGCGGUCACUCUCCUUGCAACAUUUUCCACCACGGUACUGCAGCUAGAACGGAACGCCGACGGAACGGCGAAAACGGAAAGCCAGAUGGUGGCCUGGCUGCGCGGCAAACUCUGGCUUCUCAAAGAUGCCGUGAAAACUUUGCACGCUGGCUUAGGCUGGAUCAAGCAGUCAAGAAAGUCGUUUGACGUUGACGAAAUUUUGCCAGGGGGGAAGAGCAACAGUUUCCAAAUUUCUCCAGAAAACAUUGCAGGACUUUUUACCGGACAAGAAAAAUUGGAUCGUGAAACUCAGAUUCAGAUCCUGACACUCGGGCACACGGGGUUGAAAUUCGAGAUGAUAAAUGGACAAGAGCGGAAACUUCCGACAGGCCUAUGGCUCACGGCUGAAAUGAAAGCAAGCAUCGACGCUGUGGCCGGUAAACGUCCCGCGGAGGGUACUAGUACCGGAGCGGAGUUGGUGGCGCAUCGGGCAAAGCAAUGGGUGGCGUAUUUGAGAUACCUGGAAGCUGUGCUGGACGCGCAUGUGGAGGAGUGGUUGGGACGAAGAUGCUCUGCGUGUAUUCGAACCAGUAAUUCGAAGAAAAAGAAAACCGUGACGGACAAUUUCAUGCGAGGCACGUUCUUCUUGAGGCCGGGGCACGAAACAUCCUUUUUCGGCACACCUAAUUCCGUCCUGGAGGUGGUACGUCUCAGCUUGCGUGAUUUCGUCGAAACGGUAAACGAGAAUGCCCUGCGACAGCCCGCGCUCAUUACGGCGCUGCACGACGCUGCUGCUCGUGUUGAGAACGCCAGGAGGUUUUUGGGGCGUCUGGGAUGCGGUCGACGUGCCAGGUAAGUAUCGGCGAACAUACCAGGCAGCUGCACAGGUGCCAUAGUAAAAGUAAAAUUAGCAAUGCGUCGUGUAUGCUGAUGAGAGCGAGCAAGGGCCUAAUAACGUGACAACGAUGCGUGCUACGAAUGACAACGCUAUUAAACAUGAAGGAGUCGUGUGUGCGCUUUUUUUAAAAAGAGAGGGAACUCCCCCCCACACGACAGAUUGCACUUGUUCCGCAGGAGGACUACACAAUAAGAACGAGCAUUACACCUACUUUUCAACAAAUCAAUUUUUCGUGAGCAGGAUGAACUACAAGAAGCUGAUGUCAAAGCAUAAGAACGUGAGGGCUUACGCCUGAAGAGAACACCCGAAACCUGAUGCUAUUGCGCGCUUACUUACUUAGUAUGUGCAAUUCACAACACUGAUCCGUUCCCGUUGCAAGAGGUCCGCAUUAGCUAAUGCUAAGCUUGCAUAGCUAAAUGCAUAUCUAAAAAUGCUAAGACAUGAAAACAAUGAUAGAGCGCCAAGAACGAAGCCAAAUUCAAACGCGCGCGGAAGAAAGUGGCGAAAUAAGGUAUAGUGAGGUGAGAGCUGGCCCCGCUUCUCUCGUCCCCUUGCUGGGAAUCGCUACUGCUUCCUACUGCUACUACUACCAACAGUACUAUAUACAAUAUUGUUUGACAGUAGAAGUGCGUGAGUUAUUUUGUAGCAUCUUUUUGAGGUAGAAAAACUGAUGAUCGUCGAACAAGAAUUCCAGAAUUAUCGCAAAAACGUAAGAUCUAUUCAAGAUGCACACUGCAUUAAGAAUAUGAGAUCUAUCCUCACUCAAGGUGGCAUUUGUAUUAAUGCAGGUUACUACUUCUUUUUAACAGGACUUUAGACUACUUCCACCAAAAGUUCUGCAAAAAUCUCGUACCGAACUACAGCGCGGAAAACCAAAACAGCAUUUACUUCCUCCUCCUCAACAGACCAAAACUUGAAAAGGUUAAGUUUUCAAAAGAUGUUUUCAAAAGGUCAAGAAGUUGAAGCACUCAGUACAGGUCUGGUUGUAGCUUAGAUUUUAUAAAAACUAAUCUAGAAGGGGGUAGAAGUGUUGUGGACCUAUCGCUCAACUACGCCCACGCCCUGGCGGUAUUAAAUUAGCAAUUCCUCCUCGUGUAUGAUGAUAUAUAGUGAUGAUGAGAGCGAGCAAGGGCCUAAAAAUAUAUAAAGUGACGACGUUCAUCCGCGCCAAGAAUGGAAAU